AUAGAACAUGAAGAGCAGUUAUAACAAAGAAGAUACAUCAAAGAAAUAUGCUUCCUUUUCCAACCUUGAAUAUAUUAAAAGCACCAAAACAUCUGUUGGUGCUAGCGAACCUAUACAACACGAUGCUGUGAUUGAAAAGUCUGCUUCUGAGACUUCGAAAAAUGUACAUCUGCAUCAUUCAGUGCAGCCUUGUCCAUUUACAUUUUUAACAGCUGUAAAAUGGAAGUUUGUACAAGGCAGGCAUUAUCUUACAAGUAAGGACGCUUAUGAGCCAGAGCAAAUCAACGAAGAAGUUGUAGAUACAAUGGCAUUCUUAAAACCAUUAAAAGUGCCAGAUUUGAAGAUAUCCUCAAAGACUGAUUAUUCCUCUCGGGAGAGUCUUUUAUCUAACGAAGAACUGUCUAAAAAAAUUGAAGCUGCUCAUAGAGAUGAAAUGUCGAAGUGUACUGACAGGGUGCCAAGAAAACUUGAAUUUUCUUCUUCUUCUGCUACAUCAAUGUUAAAUUAUGAAAAUAUUGAUCCUAAAGUCUCAGAGUUUUUAGUAUCCAAAAAGAAAGAUCUUGCCAGAGAUAGUUCUCGAGAAAAAGAAAAUAGAUCCAAACGAGUUAAAAAAGAUGAAUUUAAUAUGUUCAAUAAUAAAGAAGAUCAUGAUGCAUCAAAGUGGUCUAAAAUUCAAAGACAUAUAUCAAGAAAAGAAAUUCCUGAUUUGACAGAUAAUAGAAAACUUAAGUCUGAUUGCGCUUUAAUACAUAGACCAAUAGAAAGUGAUGUUACUUUGCAAAAGUCCAAAACCAAAAAUCUCGUUACAUCUACAGUGAAGAAAAAUGAAGAGAAACGUUAUAAGCAUACAAAUAUUCCAUGUACAAAGUCAAGAAAAGAAAAAUGUUUGGAAUCCAAGCAUAGAAGUUCAAGUAGUGACUCCAUUUAUUUAAUGGAUAAAGGAACGCGGUUACAUGAAAAAAUCUUAAUUAAGGAAGGCUGUAAAGCCGUCAUUUCUGAUAUUAACGAUCGUAAAUACAAAGACGAUAGUCAAAUUGUAAAUACAUCAAAACAAUCUGAGGAACAAAAAUAUAAAUCACACUCAGAAACAAGAUUACAGAAGCAUCAGACUAAAUCUAAUUCGUUUAAGCCUGUCGAAUCAUUAACACGAGAUCAAUGUAAACGUUUUUCAGACAAACAAAAAUCUACAAGUAAAGUAGAUUCAAAACAUUCUUCAGAAAUAAGUGAAGAUCUUACAACUGCCGCUACAUCGUUAGCUAGUUUAGUGAAAAAUCAGAAUUUAAGUAUAGAGACAUCAACUUCGUUACAAUCCAAAAGCAAAGACAUUGAAAAAUCAUCUCAGUCUAGCAGUAAUCGUAAUAUAGAGGAAAGUAAAUACUCUGACACAUUUUCUCAUGUUCCUACAUCAAAUCCGAUAUCCAGUAGUACAAUUAUUGAAACGAAAAUUUCACAAGAUAGCUCAUUAUCAGAAAAACUAAUGGACCCAAUAAGAAUUUCUUUCAGAGACGAUAGCUAUUCAAAUCAGCCUGAAUUUGCCGACCUUGUUACUCCAGAUAUUAAUCUUAUGAUUCGCUCCAAAAGAAGAAAACAAACUUUGCAAAUAUGGGAAAACGAUAGUGAACAAAAGGAUUCCAAGCAGAGGACAUCAAAAAAUAAUCAAGAUAUAGAUGAAUCACAAUCGUUGCAGAGUGAUUAUCAAGAUAUCGACUCCAAAAAGACCGAGGUUGAGUUCUUGGAAGAUACAGAAGACAGUAAAAAUAAAAUACAAAAGCCUGCUAUUAAAGUUGUCGAAGUGCAAACUCAAACUGCUAAUGACAUUGCGACACAAACGGAUACAACACCUUGUCAACGUAUCGUCAAUACUAAUUUAGCUUAUUCGAGGCUCUCCAUAGAUCCAGACGAAGUACCGCAUAUUUCUUUGAAUAUAGAAGACAAGUACGAAGACAUGGAUCGAGUGGAAGAUAUUUCUCUUCCCAGCAAAAUGAGGGCGAUGUCUGAAAUAAGUUUGCACGAAACAACUUCCUCGAUAAAAACGGAAACCGGAACGGAAAUUAGCAUCUCAACGCGCGAUGUUACCUAUUCGUUCAACAAGUAUUUGGAUCUUGAGAUGGCGCAGUUGAUAAAAGACGAGAGGCAAAGGUACGAUAAGAUCGAAAUGUUGUUUAAAUCGCGCGAGAAGACGCUGAAUGAUCGAACUAAGAAAUUAGUUAAACUCGAAGAACAAAAGCGAGCCCUAAGAGAUACCGGACAAGAUAGUAGAAUAAGUUCUGUAAAAAAGAAGCAACGAGCUCUCCUUUUAAAAUUACAACAAGAGAAGGAUGAAAUGAACAGGCUUAAAGAACUUCAUAAAAUUGCUAGUCAAGAAAGAAAACUCAUGCUACAAAAGCAACGGGAUAUGUUCAAUCCUGAGAUGUCUACAAAGAAUAUUCUAAAUAAGUUAAAAAGAAGUGCCGACAGUCAGUCGCCUAGACGACUCUCAGGUCCUAUGAAGGGGUACGAUAUUCGAAGUAAUUCGUCAGUAAGUUCAUUAGUGGAUUCCGAUAAGUCACAAUUUGAUCGUUCUCAGGUCGAUUUCAAAUUAAAUUUGUCGGACAUAGCACCUCAGAAAAAUGAACAAACUUGUUGUAGAAUAGAAUUAAAUACAUCAUUAAAACAGGGUCUAAAUAGUUCAGAUAAUGUUGAUAAAAAAUUAUCGAAAAUAGAGGCUAGCAGCAAGCAAAAAGAAGCAGCAGCAGCAGCAGCAGCAGCAGCAGCAGCAGCAGCAGCAAAGUUAAAGUACGACUUGAAGAUGAGAAAAUUCGAGGGGAAAAUGCCAAAGUCUGAUCAAUUGAAAUUGAAACCACAGCAAUACGAUGUUGAUGCUAUAUUAAAGUACGGUUCGUCGGCUAUUAACAUGUUAAAGAAUGAAAAUCGGGCAAAUUUGAGUCAAGACGAAGAUAAUAAAUCAAUUUCAGAACAUAUGAAAUCAGAAUCCGAUGUCUUGAUUGAAGAAUUUACCCAGAUGUGGAAAUCACAAUUUCCAGACUUACAAGCCGAGUCAUUAAACUUACUUGAAGCUUCAAACUCGCUAGAAGCUCUCGAAGAAAUACAAAAGGCUUCUGCAACGAAGAAACUCGACAAAGAGACAAUAAAAAAGUUACAACAGCACAUGGCAUGUGACAGCAAAAAUAUAAAACGAAAAAGUACGAAAACUCAAAGAUCGAAACCAGCUCAAGUUGAAUCAACGUCAAAAUCCGAAGAUUCUCAUUAUGUCGAAGAAACUUUCAAACAUCACAAUAAACGUUCUAAAAUCGGUAGUGAGCAACAAUCUGACGAUAAUUACCAGAAUUCGAUUCUCGAAGAGCUUGAUUUUAACGAGAGUCAGAGUUCGUUACAGGCCCUUUUAAAGCACUCGAAUCUAUUGAAGGAACGAAAUCAGCAGUUGUUACAGGAUAUCGUUGACGAUCGUAAACACGUCGUCGCGGAGAACUCGGAAAGUCCAUUGUCACAGAAAGAGGAGGAAGAGCACACGAGGAGGCGUAAUGCUUCGUCAAGAUCGCAAGUUAGUCUGACGAUAUCUCAUCAAAGUUCGAACGACAGUGAUCGGAGCUAUUCGAGAUCCGUUGUUAUUAGGUCACAGCAGGAUCAUCAUCAUCAUCGUACCGGUUUGAAAACGUCGAAAAAACUCGAGCAGAUACUCGACGCACGGGAAACGACGCUCGUAUCGAGGCGCAAUUGCGUGGAGGAGUGGAUCGCCUGGCAUGCGCGGCUACGCGAGGAGGAGAAUCGCGUAGCACGAAUGGAGCAGGCGGCCUACAAGCUCGUCACCGCCACCACCAAAGCACUAUCCCAUAAUGACACAACAGUUUCCUCGGACACUAGCGACGUCGAGGGAAGAAUCGAGCAGCUUACGCAAAAAUUAACAGAUCGACGCUUGGAGAUGGCUCGACUUAAAAAAGAACUUCGCAAACAAGCCAAGCAGAGACUCAAAGCAUUAGAAGCAAACUUACUAAAUGAAAUUAAGAAGUACGAUGCCACCAUUCAUGAUAUGCGUAAAAAAUUGGAAUUGAGAAAGGGAGCUGCGAAUAAGGAAAUUCAAAAUCUAGCCAUCGAAUCGAAAUCUGUGGUGGAUUUUAAAGUUCCCGAACUUCCCAUAAAAAAAAUACAGGAAAUUUAUAAAAGCUCUGACUUAUUACGAUCCAAAUCCGACUCCGAUAUAGUGUCUGUAAAAGGUGAUGGAACGAGUGAUAAAUCCAAAGACAAAUUGAAGUCAAAUUAUAUUGUAAAGAGUUCGUCGAGAACUAAAAAUACGGAAGAAUCAAAGCCUGCGUGUUCACUUUACAGCGUUUGCGGCGAAGAAAACGAAUCUUCCGAAAAAUCUGACUACAGCGCUAUUCAUUCGUACAAAACAAAAUCUAGUGCGGAAGAAAUACCUACGCAAAAGAGUGUCACUAUUGAGGGUCACGAGAUAAAAAGAUCCUCAUCACAAAGCAGUAAUAUUUCUGAAGAAAUUCUUAGUGAAGUUGCUUAUUCAGCAAAAUCAGAAACGGAGCAAAUCAAAUCUGCUAAAGCUGCAGAAACACUUUCAUCGCAAGGCAUAUCCGAGCGCAUAGAAUACAGCACAAGUGCAGCUUCGUCGAAAAAAGAGCUGAAAGAAAGUUCGAAUAUCGAAGAAGAGAUAAUACUCGAAUCGUCGGAUGAUGUAUCGUUAAUAUUUUCAAAAAAAUUAGAUAAUAUUCAGUUGCACAAUAAAGAGCUGAAUGACGACAUACAUAAUUUGGAGAAUGAUCUGAAGGAAUUGACAAAGCUGAUGUCCAACUUCAGUAAAAAAUCUGAUGACAAAAAUUCCAAGUCAGAAGUUACCGACACUUUAAAGACCAUUGAAAAGAGCACUUCUAAAGAUAUUUCGGAAGAAUUGCCAGCAUCCCAAAUGGUUGCACAAAUUAAUAAUAUCGACGAGGACUUACAAGCAAGGGUUAAUACAAUUUUGUCCAAUGUAAUCCCGGAAACAGAUGAUUUACUAAUCUCAAUAGAAGAAUUCGAUACUAAAGGUAAUCACGAAAAGGGCGCAAAUUUCAAAGUAACAUCCGAAUGUAUUGACAAAUCGACAAUAACCGAGGACAUUCCUACAUAUUUAUCUUCUCAUACUGGCGAGCUUAAAUUAUUAUCCAUUGCUAAUCAUAAUAACGAAGAAAGUUGUGUAUCCGAAGUCAUAUCAAUAGCUGUGGACGAAGACAAAGAAAACACUUCACCAAAUGAGUCUCACUACUUAAUACCAAAAGUAUCGAAAUUGCCAGAUGGCGUUAGUAGCAAUCAAAUAGCAACCGAAUGCUUACAAUUUGAUAAAUCGGUCAAUAAACGCGUACAAGAUAAUAAAAUUACUAAGUGCAUGGAGUUUAAUGAAACUGAAGCCGUUGUUUCCUCCAAUGCAGCCAUUCCAUUGAAAAUGAAAAAAGAUGAACUUACAGAGGAUAACGUUUACACAACGGUCGGAGACAAGCACCUAGAUACUGAAAUUUCUACGGCUGAAGAUAUUUCCAUAGAUGAAGAUAUAUCAUUGAAAAUUGAUGACGUAGAAACGUCGGAAGACCAGAAUUAUACACCAAUUGACAGUAAGCCUACGGAGAUUAAUACUACGCAUGAUAAUGAUACUCGUGCAGAUUACGUUGUAUCGGAAAAGAAUGAAAAGCAAGCUAAGGACCGUCAAAUUUUUACUGAAAACAAUGAUAAGUAUAUAGACUCUAAAAUAUCUAUUCUCGAAGACAUUCCCAUUCAUGAAAUAAUUCCUUUAAAUAAUAAGGAAAAGGAAGCGGUUGAGGAUGAAAUUUAUACGAUAAUCGAAGAUCAACGUAUUCGGUCUAAAGCUUCGCUCAUUGAGGAAGUUGACAAAGCUUUAUUUAAAGAAAAUGUACAAAUUGACAAUUCACUGAUUAAGACUGCUGCAACAAGUAACGGAUUGGAUUUGUCCAAUUCCUUUAAUUUUCAGUGCACCGACGAUAAAGGUUUUAAAUUAUCUCAUCUACAAUCGAAGCAAUCGUCUGAUUUAAAAUACUUGAAGAACGAGGACGGAAAUGAAAUCAGUGCCUUAGAGGACUCGCUAAUGUUCAUUCCAAAGGGCGAAUCAACAAAUCUUCAAGAAACUUUCGUACUUAGGUUGGAAGAUUCGAGUGAGUCGCGAAUUGGAAUUUGCUCGGAGGAGUUCAACGAUAUCCUUGAGAUUAUAGAGAGGGAGACGAAGAACGACGAUGUGAGCGUACCAAGUCCCGAGAUUCAAAUUGUAAAAGAUGAAAAUUUGUCGCAAGUAGAUGUUAAAAUCGAGAGCCCAAUGAAGCGCGAUGUUGUGGCGAGGAUAAAGACAAAAGAGGAUGAGUCCAAGAGCAUCGAGGAAGAAAUAGAAAGUGAAAUUAAUGCGAGCAUUUCUGAAAACAUCGAGGGUGAACGCCUAGUCGAGGAUGAGGAUGAGGAUUUACCUCGGAUAAAAAUUGCAGUCACUGUAGAAGUGAUUGACGAAAAAGAGGAUAUAAGUACGAAAAUCGAGAAAAUCGAGAAAAUCGAGGUGAAUACAAUUCAAGAAUCUAACGGAGAAGAUCGAGUAAGUUCGGAUGGGGAGCAGAUGGAUAAUUUGAUCGAGGUAGCCGAGGGUAAGUUGGAGACUCUAGAAAAGUUAACCAUCUCAAAUGAGAAAGAAACGGUGGUCGAAAGCGUUGAAAAAGUCACGGAGCAACCUAAAACGCACGUAAAAACCUUUUUGGAUAAGACGUUCGAAAUAAUAAGAGAUCCAGAGUACGAGGAUAUCUCGGAAGAAAGCCUCGAAGUAUCGGAAAUUCUUGAUAGAACGGAGACGCGCGCCAGUCAAAAGAAGAAAAAGUUCACAACAAUUCCCGAAAAGUACAUUAGCAAAUCGAAGUCUGACGAAGUGCUGCGUAUAUUGGAUGACAUAUCCAACAAGUCGUCGAGCCAUUAUAAAAAAGACAAUCGUGACAAUCGGCUUAAUGUCGAUGGCAGCAGGGACUUUAAAUCAUCCUCGGUGGCCGAGCUCCAGCAAAAGGACGAAAAUGGUCCUCUCCUAUCCUCGACACCAGUGGAGUCGCGCAAUCACGAAGUGACGGCCGCGAAGUCGAGCAAGGAAGUGGAGCCUGAAGCGAACUCGUUGGAGGAUCUGACGAAGGAAGAUGAGCCAAUCACUACCGAGGGAGUGAAAACCAGCGAGGAUGAGGGGAAUGCCCAAGUGAAGGAAGACUCGCCGAGAGUAGUCUCGGACACGAGCGAGACCGGGGACCUCGAUACGCCCCGCGGCGUCUCCGAGAUCGAGAUAGACUCGCCCCGGGACGCGAAUGAUGAUUCGCGCCUCGACGUCGAGGCUCUAGACGACGAUUUGCUCAGUGGUAAUACAUUACUGCUGCGCUCGCACGACGAUGAUGUUAAGGCAGAAUUCCGCACGACACCGAUGGGCGCGACCUCCGAGAAGGACAUCAGAGCUAUGAUCGACAAACUCAAAGCUUCAUUGGAACAACCUGGUCUGGAAGUUGCCGAACUGGAUGCUAAGUUACUUCAAUUAGAGCAUCUUGAAAUAGAGCUUGAGAUAAAGAAGCUGGAGGCUGAGGAGUCGUACUACGUACGCGAGAUCCCGAAUAAGCCGCCACCGCCGUACACCCCACCCGGGGCUGUGCGACUCGCGAGCUCGCACGGCUCGCCCUCGCCACCGCCGGCCGUCAUCCCGAGUAACGUCGACGAGCUCACGGCUAUCACGGAGAGGGCCACGAAUAUCAUCUAUAGGUCCAAGGAAAUGGGCGAGGAGGUGCUGAUGCUGGAUGCGCCGAGGGAGAUUUGCGAGCUGGCCAAGGACAGUGGCAGCGAGACCCUGAAGAGCGACCGGCGCGUAUACAACAGCUUCCUCUUCGACCUUUGCAAGGAGCUCGUCGCUGAGAUGUACAAGUCCGAGCACGAGGGUCCGGGCCCCAGCUGGACGAAACCCAGUGUACAGACGAAGCCGAGCACGAAGGUAGCGAAGACAGCCGAGGAGCUAAGCGAGUACGUGUCACGCGAGGUCGCUACUCUCUUUGGCUUCAAGACCAAGCUCCAGCGCGAGAACAUGGUGAUGAGGUGGAGCCGCAAGAAGAGGGACAUGGUCGACGAGCUCUUAGCCAAGGAGGCGCAGGCCGAGGAGAAGGAGUGGACCAAGUUCCAUCAUGACGAGCUGGCGGUCAAGAACAAGCUCACCACCAGGAUACUCGACACACUCUUGCUCGAGACGGCGAAUUGCGUCAAGUCGGCCUAUGCCAAGAAGCGCACUAUCGCACAGUUCUAGCACCGAUUAUGGACUUUGCGAAGCGGUGUUCAGCACGGUAAAGGAGAUGCGCGCGCCUCCUA